AUCUGUUAUUGACUCAUGUUUCUCCUCCAUGUCAUCGCCAGUAAAACCAGUAACAAAAGCAUCCCUGCCUUUCAAAACGUGGGUCUCAUGCAAAAGCAGAAAUCGUUCACAUUCUAUUUUGUACUGUUGUUUUGUACAGAACAUCAUAGGAUGUGGGAAAAUUUUGCAUCAACUUACACCUGUGACCUGCAGAUGCACAUCUAUAUCACGUGAUUUGUUCUAAGCCUGCCACACAUUUCUUGUAAAUCACUCUGCUCUACAGUGUGCUGUUAAUCCCUCCCCCUAUUGGACAACUGGUUGUCAACUGAAUGCUUUUUGUUGUUAAUAUAUGCACAAACUGUCUCUUCAGAAGAUUUAAAGUCCAUGCCCCUUGAAACUCAUUGGCUGAAUUGAAAUAUGACCUAGGGAAACAAUGUCAUCAUUACAUUGUUGUUCGUAUAAAAGCUGAUGGGUAGAGACAAGAUUUGAACUUGAUUCCAGAUUUCAAUAAUCUCGUAGACCAGGAUUUACAGUAUCAUCACCGUGGGAUGGCUUCCAAUAGCUGUAAAAGCAAAGUUCUUUUGAAUGUGCUUUCCUAUCUUGACUACAAGACAGGAAAAUUCAUAAUUGUAGGAAGCAAGAGAGUCGGCAGUUUGUACAGAGUUAUACAAUUAUCCAUCAUUGGAUACCUUGUUGGGUAUGUAUUCCUGAGCAAGAAGUCCUACCAGACCAAAGAGGAAUCUAUCCAGAGUACUGUGAUGACCAAACUGAAGGGAGUGGCGGUCACCAACACAUCAGAGUUCGGACGGAUGGUGUGGGGACCUGUGGACUAUGUCAUUCCACCCCAGGGGGAAGCAGUUUUUUUCAUUGUUACCAAUUUUAUAGAGACACCAAACCAGAAGUUGGGCCACUGUGCUGAGUUGUGGGGUAUUGUUCCACAGAGCCCCAAUGUGCCAGAUGGCCACUGUAAGGGAGAUGAAGACUGUGCAGAGGGAGAGUUGGUGGUAGCUGGCCAUGGAGUUAGGACAGGCCGCUGCUUGAGAGACAAUGGGAAAUCCAAUGGUACAUGUGAGAUAUAUAGCUGGUGCCCCGUUGAGAGAAGAUGCCAACCACAGGAUAGACAUAAGCACACGAAUAUGUUAAGAGAAGCUGAAAACUUCACCAUCUACAUAAAAAAUGUCAUCCGAUUUCCCAAAUUCAGUUUCUCAAAGGCCAACGUUCAGGACACGGCUGAUAAAUUCCAUCUGAAGAAAUGUCGCUACGAUGAGGCUCUUGAACCCUACUGCCCCAUAUUCCGUCUGGGAGACAUUGUUAACCAAACUGGACACAGCUUUCAGGACAUGGCUUUGAAGGGUGGUUUAAUUGGAAUUCUGAUUGGGUGGGAGUGCGACCUUGACAGAGAUCCCUCAGAAUGCCAGCCACGGUACGACUUUACUCACAUUGAUGUUAAUGUAUCCAGAGAGUCCUCAGGAUUCAACUUCAGACAUGCUCGCUAUUUUAAAACUGGGUCUGGAGAAAGCUACCGAACACAUUUCAAAGUGUUUGGUAUACGCAUCAACAUUAUGGUGCAUGGGAAGGCUGGAAAGUUCUGUAUCAUACCCACCAUUAUCCAUAUAGGCUCAGGACUAGCUUGUAUUGGUGGUGGGGCCUGGUUCUGUGACUGGAUUCUUCUUUACCUGAUGAAAAAUAGGGAGUUCUAUAAGGACUGGAAGUUUGAAAAUGUGAAGAAUAGUACUACAGAGGAUAUAAAACAAACCCCAGAGGAGCAGCAGCUCACUGACCUAUCGCCUGAGGUUUAACACCAUGGCAGCAGCUCACUGACCCAUCGCCUGAGGUUUAACACCAUGGCAGCAGCUCACUGACCCAUCGCCUGAGGUUUAACACCAUGGCAGCAGCUCACUGACCCAUCGCCUGAGGUUUAACACCAUGGCAGCAGCUCACUGACCCAUCGCCUGAGGUUUAACACCAUGGCAGCA